AUGGACUCUCCAGUCCUCAAUCAACUGCUUCGGCAGUUAUUUCGACAUCCCGCCUGUCAAUCUUUCAAAUCUACUCCUUCCCUCUCCGCGCGCCGACCGGGUUGCGUACGCCUGUCCCCAUCCCGUCCGCACCACCGUCAACAAUGUCGACCCUUCCUCCGGAAACUCCCCGCCAACAAGAAAGCCUCCAAUGAUGGUACGAUCUGGAACGAGCGUCGCUUUAUCACCAGAGACAUCUCGGAGGAAUUGCAGAAAUACCCGAUGGUCACGGCCAAAGAACUCCGUCAUCACCGCGAGCGGCCGCGGCAGGUGAAGAUGUGGGGACGGGAGUUCAUCGAUGGUAAGGAAAAUCGUCGUCGUGAUGGCUGGCUGCUGCGACUGGACAACCGCUCACAUACUCGCGUGCUCUCUCUCACAGACAGUUUGUACAAUCUCCAAUACGGCUACUUCUCCCAACAUGCCACCAUCUUCAGCCCCGGGGAGCCCUUCAUCUUCAACGACAUCGCCGAUGGGCCCGCGUUUCACACCAUGCUACGGAAUCGUUAUACGGAGUUCGAGGACCGGUUAGACGAAGCCGAGCCCGACGUCGCCCGCCAGCUGUGGCACACCCCGACGGAGCUCUUCCAACCCUACUACGGCGAGACGAUUGCUCGGUACCUGGUGUCGAACUAUAAACUGACGCUGUACCCGUAUCACGAUCUGAUCAUCUACGAGAUGGGCGCUGGAAACGGCACGAUGAUGCGGAACGUGCUGGACUACAUCCGCGAGGUGGACUACGAGGUCUACCAGCGGACGAAGUACAAGAUCAUCGAGAUCUCGCCGGCGCUGGCGAGUCUGCAGCUGAAGAACCUGAUCGCGUCGGCCGAGUCGGCCGGCCACCGGGACCGCCUCGAGAUCAUCAACCGGUCGAUCUUCGACUGGAACACCUACGUGCACUCGCCGUGCUUCUUCCUGGCGCUGGAGGUGUUCGACAACUUCUCCCACGACAUCAUCCGCUACGACCUCAAGACGGAACAGCCGCAGCAGGGCGGGGUCCUGAUCGACGCGAACGGCGAGUUCCACGAAUGGUACCGCGACUACCUGGACCCGGUGGCCGCGCGGUUCCUGCGCGUGCGGCAGGCGGCUGCCCGGCGCCCGUUCCCGUCGCCCCUGGGGCCGAAGUACAUGCGGGCGCUGCGGCCGUACCUGCCGGCCGCGGGCCAGUUCUCGCAGCCGGAGUACAUCCCCACGCGGCUCAUGCAGUUCUUCGACAUCCUCAACAACUAUUUCCCGGGCCACCGGCUGGUGGCGAGUGACUUCAGCUCGCUGCCGGACGCCGUGCGCGGGCUGAAUGGACCUGUGGUGCAGACUCGGUUCGAGCGGCGCACCAUUCCUGUGACGACUCCUUAUGUCCAACAAGGAUACUUUGAUAUCUUCUUCCCGACCGACUUCAAUGUGAUUGAGGACAUGUACCGGGCGAUCACCGGCAAGUUGACGCAGGUGGUGAGCCACGAAGACUUCAUGCAGCGCUGGGCGUACAUUGCAGACACGGAGACGCGGAACGGGGAGAAUCCGAUGCUGACAUGGUACAAGAACGCCAGCAUGCUGAUGACUGUUUGA